CUUUGUAAAAAAGAAAACCCGCACUCACACCUCCCAGCCUCGCCUUUCCCAUUCGGCGAAUCACCAGCUCACGCAUCCUCUCUCCCGGCACUUCCUCCUUCCUGCUCUCUCGACCGGCCCCUUUUCUUUUCUUCAAGCCCUAGCCGAACCCUUCUCUCCCUCUCCGGCUAUAUAUAUAUCCUCCGCCGCCGAUCUGCUCGCGGGUUCCCGCCGUCGGCGCUCCUCGCCGCCGAUCUGCUCGCCGGUUCCCGCCAUCAAGAUAUGGGGGAUACUAGUUGUCCUACCCAACUAAUUGAUGGAGACGGUGUAUUUAGCGUCUCCGGAAUAGAGGAAUUUGCGAAAGCUGUGAAGCUCAGUGAAUGUGGACUCUCAUAUGCUGUCGUCUCUAUAAUGGGUCCUCAAAGUAGCGGGAAGAGCACUCUUCUGAACCAUCUUUUCCAUACCAAAUUCAGAGAGAUGGAUGCAUUCAAGGGGAGAUCACAAACUACCAAAGGAAUUUGGCUGGCAAGGUGUGUGGGAAUUGAACCUUGUACUAUUGUCAUGGAUCUGGAGGGUUCAGAUGGGAGAGAACGAGGAGAGGAUGAUACUGCAUUUGAGAAGCAGAGUGCUCUUUUUGCUUUAGCAGUUUCAGAUAUAGUGUUGAUAAAUAUGUGGUGUCAUGAUAUUGGACGUGAGCAGGCUGCAAACAAACCUCUUUUAAAAACAGUAUUCCAAGUCAUGAUGCGGCUAUUUAGUCCUCGUAAAACAACCUUGCUGUUUGUUAUACGCGACAAGACUAAGACACCUCUUGAACACUUGGAACCUAUUUUAAGGGAAGAUAUUCAAAAGAUUUGGGAUUCUGUUCGCAAACCAAAUGCACAUAAAGAUACCCCACUUAGUGAAUUUUUUAAUGUAGAAGUUGUUGCCCUCUCAAGUUUUGAAGAAAAAGAAGAACAGUUUAAGGAGCAGGUUGCAAAUCUAAGGCAAAGGUUUUUCCAUUCAAUUGCUCCUGGUGGGCUUGCUGGAGAUAGACGUGGCGUUGUUCCUGCAUCAGGAUUUUCAUUUAGUGCACAACAAAUUUGGAAAGUUAUAAAAGAGAAUAAGGAUCUUGACCUACCUGCUCACAAGGUUAUGGUUGCCACUGUUCGCUGUGAAGAAAUUGCAAAUGAGAAAAUUGCUUCUUUUUCUGAUAACGAGGAGUGGCGCCACCUUGAAGAGGCUGUGCAAAAUGAUAUUGUCACAGGUUUUGGGAAGAAGCUUACCUCCAUAAUAGAGAAUUGUUUGAUUGGUUAUGACAUGGAGGCUAUAUAUUUUGAUGAUAAUGUUAGAACCUCGAAGAGGCAGCAGUUGGAAUCAAAACUUCUUCAGUUUGUUCAACCUGCUUACCAUUCCUUGAUGGGGCGCCUAAGAUCCAAAUUUUUAGAAGAUUUUAAAGCUAAAUUUGACGAAGCUUUGGAAAGAGGCCAAGGGUUUGCUGUUUCUGCUCAUGAUUGCACCGAGUCUUUCAUGUCUGCAUUUAAUGAAGCCUGCAAAGAUGCAGCCAUUGAACAAGCAGAUUGGGACUCUUCAAAAGUACGUGAGAAGUUUCGGCGUGAUAUUGAUGCGCAUGUUGCUUCUGUUCGUAUGAAAAAAUUAUCUGAGCUCACAUCCUUAUAUGAGGAAAAACUCAACAAGGCACUUUCAGAGCCUGUUGGAUCUCUUUUAGAUGCUGCUAGUGAUGAUACAUGGUCAGCAAUUAGAAGGCUUCUUCAGCGCGAGACAGAGACCGCUAUAUCUGGUUUUUCUUCUGCUCUUUCUUCAUUUGAUAUUGAUCGGAUGACUGUGGAGAAAUUGCUUGCAAAAUUAGUCGAAUAUGCCAGAAGCGUUGUUGAAUCUAAGGCAAGGGAAGAAGCUGGGAGGGUUAUGAUGCAUAUGAAGGAUAGGUUUUCAGUAUUGUUUAGCCGUGAUUCCGAUUCAAUGCCAAGAAUGUGGACAGGAAAAGAAGACAUUAAAGCAAUUACCAAAAUGGCUCGUUCAGCAUCCUUGAAGUUACUGUCUGUUAUGGUUGCAAUUCGUUUAGAUGAGGACAAGGAUAGUGUUGAGAACACCCUUCAACUUGCUUUGGUUGAUUCUUCUAAUAUUUCCACUUCAAAUAGGAGUAUUCAGUCAAUGGACCCACUGGCUUCGAGCUCAUGGGAAGAUGUUCCAUCAUCGAGGACACUAAUUACACCUGUUCAGUGCAAGUCAUUGUGGAGGCAGUUCAAGGCAGAAACAGAGUAUACUGUGACGCAGGCCAUUGCUGCUCAGGAAGCCAACAAGCGGAACAACAAUUGGUUGCCUCCUCCAUGGGCCAUUGCUGCCAUGCUUAUCUUGGGUUUUAAUGAAUUUAUGACACUUCUAAGAAAUCCUUUGUAUCUUGGGGUCAUCUUUGUUGCAUUUCUUCUGGUUAAGGCCCUCUGGGUCCAGCUCGACAUCUCAGGCGAAUUUCGAAAUGGAGCUCUUCCUGGGAUUCUUUCAUUAUCUACGAAGUUUCUUCCAACAGUAAUGAACCUCCUAAAGAAGUUAGCAGACGAGGGACACAGACCUACAGCUCCAGAUGUUCAAAGGAACCCUGAGUUUGAAUCUAAGAGUUUCCGGAAUGGCUUAAGUAGCACUUCGACUUCGUCAGGUGCAUCUUCCAAUGUAACUUCUUCAGACAGUGUGGUUGAGUACACAAGCCCAAUAAAACAGCGGUCAGAAUGAGUAACUGCUGCUGGUUUUAUAAUCUCAUUUGUCUUUUUUGGCAGAGUUUUUAUUCUCUUGAGCCAUCGGGAAGACAACUACCUGGCCGCUUAAAGCUCUGGAACCGACAGGAUUUGAGGUAGUGGAUCACAUAUUGUUGUGAAGGAUCCUCCUUGCUUGUAAAAGUUUUUAUAUUGAUUGUUGUGCUUGCUUAGCCGAAGUUAUUCCUGUUUUCGAUUUUAGUAUGAAGAGAUCUGAUUUUUACCAAGUGUUGUAAGCUUACUCUUACUAUUCCGUUGUCUACAUUUCACUUGUCAU